AUGGCAAUCAACGGGGAUGUUGCGUCACUGCCCAAGGCAGAUUCACCAACAGGCUCCCCUCGAUUAUCCUCCGUGUCGCUCCAAGCAGCGGCCACGAUGAACGCCGGCCUCCAGCGCGAGCCUUCCCGUCGAUCAUCCAGCAGCUCGCUGGCGCGCAAUAUAUCCUCGCCGGCCACCACUAGCCAUCGACGAUCGACUGUGCUCAUGAACCUGCAGCUGAACGACCCGUCCAUUCCGGCACCGGGGGAGAUGGCACACGAGCGCUCCAGAUACCACACAUCGAGCCCCCAGCCUCUGUCGGGGUCGCCGCUGACGGCCGAUCCGCAUCAUCACAGGGCUCCCAGCCUGGGGGAACUGCAUCAGGAACUCGAGGCCGAACAAGAAGGACAUGUGAAUCGGCUGCUGCAAAUGAUUCGACAGCAGCAACUGGAACUGCAGCGACUGCAAGCUACGCGGCCAGGAAACAGCAGCGACUCCAACGGAGACGACAGUGCCGUCGCGGAAACGCCCACCAGAGCAAUUCACGGCACGGCUGCACCCCCAAACGCGGCGGCUGGGUCGUUUGCACGGUCCCCCGGGUUUCCACGCGGAUCCAUGGAAAUGGCGCGCGCCGAGAUGCAUCAUCGCAGGUCUCGGACCCCAAGCCGCGGCGCGUCGCCACGAUUGCGAGCCACGUCGAUGAGCCAGGAAAGCGGAGACUGGGUUCUCGGGGGCCGGGACGAAAGUGCCUUUUAUCAAGCAGAGACACAAAUGCUGACGCGAGAAAAUCAAAUGCUCCGCCACCGAAUUCGAGACCUGGAGAAACAACUUGCCGAGGCGGUGCCGGGUUCAGCGACGGGAACAGAGCCGUCGGUGCCGUCCCAGCUGACCAGGACGUCCACGGUCGCGGAAGAGAGAGGAGCCGAGGCUGAGACCAAGGACGCGUAG